UGGCUUAGCGGAGGAGGAGGCGGUGGCGAGCGGGGGAGGGGGACUCUUAUUUUGUUAGGGGGACUGGGCCGAGGCCCGACCGGCCUGGCGAGGCUCGCCCGGUGCCGGGCGUCAUGUCUCAUGCGGCCGAGCCAGCUCGGGACGGCGUAGAGGCCAGCGCGGAGGGCCCUCGAGCCGUGUUCGUGCUGUUGGAGGAGCGCAGGCCGGCCGACUCGACCCAGCUGCUCAGCCUGAACUCUUUGCUUCCGGAAUCUGGAAUUGUUGCUGACAUCGAAUUAGAAAACGUCCUUGAUCCUGACAACUUCUACGAACUCAAAAGCCAGCCCCUACCCCUACGCUCAAGCCUCCCAAUAUCACUGCAGGCCACACCAGCCACCCCAGCUACACUCUCUGCAUCAUCUUCUGCAGGGGGCUCCAGGACCCCUGCCAUGUCGUCAUCAUCUUCAUCAAGGGUCUUGCUGCGGCAGCAGCUAAUGCGGGCCCAAGCCCAGGAGCAGGAGAGGCGUGAGCGUCGGGAACAGGCUGCAGCCGCUCCCUUCCCCAGUCCUGCACCUGCCUCUCCUGCCAUUUCUGUGGUUGGUGUCUCUGCUGGGGGCCACACAUUGGGCCGUCCCCCCCCUGCUCAGGUGCCCAGGGAGGUGCUCAAGGUGCAGACUCAUCUGGAGAACCCAACACGCUACCACCUGCAGCAGGCUCGCAGGCAACAGGUGAAACAGUACCUGUCUACCACACUUGGGCCCAAGCUGGCCUCCCAGGCCCUCACCCCACCGCCAGGGCCCACUAGUGCCCAGCCACUUCCUGCCCCUGAGACUGUCCAUGCUACUGGCCCUGCAGGCAGCGCUCCCAACAGUCCCAUGGCGCUGCUCACCAUCGGGUCCAGCUCAGAGAAGGAGAUUGAUGAUGUAAUUGAUGAGAUCAUCAGCCUGGAGUCCAGUUACAACGAUGAGAUGCUCAGUUAUCUGCCUGGAGGCACUGCAGGGCUACAGCUCCCCAGCACGCUACCUGUAUCAGGGAAUCUUCUUGAUGUAUACAGUAGUCAGAGCGUGGCCACACCAGCCAUCACUGUCAGCAACUCCUGCCCAGCUGAGCUGCCCAACAUCAAACGAGAGAUCUCUGAGACAGAGGCAAAGGCCCUUUUGAAAGAACGGCAGAAGAAGGACAAUCACAACCUAAUUGAGCGUCGCAGGCGAUUCAACAUUAACGACAGGAUCAAAGAACUGGGCACCCUCAUCCCCAAGUCCAGUGACCCGGAGAUGCGCUGGAACAAGGGCACCAUCCUGAAGGCCUCUGUGGAUUAUAUCCGCAAGUUGCAGAAGGAGCAACAGCGCUCCAAAGACCUGGAGAGCCGGCAGCGAUCCCUGGAACAGGCCAACCGUAGCCUGCAACUCCGAAUUCAGGAGCUAGAACUGCAGGCCCAGAUCCAUGGUCUGCCGGUACCUCCCACCCCAGGGCUGCUCUCCCUGGCCACAACUUCGGCCUCUGAUAGUCUCAAGCCAGAGCAGCUGGACGUUGAAGAGGAAGGCAGGCCAGGCACGUUUCACGUGGGUGGGGCACCUGCCCCAAAUGCUUCCCAUCAGCAGCCCCCAGCGCCACCAUCAGAUGCCCUUCUGGACCUGCACUUUCCCAGUGACCACCUGGGGGACCUAGGGGACCCCUUCCACCUUGGGCUGGAGGACAUUCUGAUGGAGGAGGAGGAGAGUGUGGUGGGGGGGCUCUCAGGGGGCACCCUUUCCCCACUGCGGGCUGCCUCUGACCCUCUGCUGUCUUCAGUGUCCCCCGCUGUCUCCAAGGCCAGCAGCCGCCGCAGCAGCUUCAGCAUGGAAGAGGAGUCCUGAUCAGGCCUCACCCCUCCCCUGGGGCUUCCCUACCCAGGAAAGGAGGACAAGUUAGGAUGACUUCCCCUUUUCCCCCAUCCCUUCAUGAGACUGCCUUGCCCAGGUGUUCUGGGGGAAGAGGAGAUGAGAUCAGGCCCCACCCCUGUAAUCAGGCAAAGAGGAGGAGUCAGAUGAGGCCUUACCCCUUCCUCAAAGGGACAGCCCAGUGCAGGUAUUUCAGACUUGGGGGUGGUAGUGAGAUCAGGCCCUACCUCCUGGAGAUCACAGCCUUGCCUCUGCCCCAUGGGACCCGCCCUUGCCCAGAUGAGGGAAGGUGACAGGAUGAGGUCCUGCCCCUGUCCCCUAGAGACAGUCCUAGCCAGGCCUCCUGGGAAAAGGAGGUGUCAGGAUGCUGCCCCAUCCUUUCUCUUGUAACCUCCAGUCUAGUCUAGCCAGGCAAGGAAGAGGAGUCAAAAAUGAUGGAGGUCCCAUCCCUGGGACCUGUUCCUUGCCCAUUAACCCCUCCCUGCCCAGGCAAGGGAAGAAAUAAGGAUGAAAUCCCACCCCUUCCCUAUAGGAACAGCCCAGCACAGGUAUUUCAGGCAUGGAGGAAUCAGUAAGAUCAGGCUACCCCAAGCAGAGGUCACAGCCCCACACUUGUCCCUUAGCAACAUCCUAUCCAAGCAUUCCACACCACAGGAAGCAGUGGUACUUAAGCUCCCCUGCCUUAACCUGGGACCAACCUCACCUAACCUACUGGGGAAGGGGGCAGACGUUGAAAUCUUGUAGAUUGACAUUCCAAGCCUAGAUCGGAAGUUAGAGUUAGGCCCUGAUCCUUGGGCAGUGUCCUGCCUCCUUUGUUGAGGGGCAUUUUUGGAAAGUGAUGGGGAUUAGGGGGACUGAGUCUAAGUUCCCAGAACCAGUACCCCGCUAUCCUUUUUCAGAAUGUAGAGGAACAGAGUGAAGGAAGGGGAGUUCCCCAGCCCAGGAAAAAGUGGAGGCCACACCCCCACCAAAAUAGAGGCUUGGUGGGAGGGUUGUGAAAGCAUAAGGAACCCAUUUAUCUGAUUUUUUUAUUGACCCCCUCUUCAGAAGCUAGGUCACCCCCAAUCUCUGGCCCCCACCCAGUUCUCCAUUUGGGGGAACCCCCCCUUCAAAGUUAUCAAGAGAUACUCCCCCAUCCCCACCCCUCCUACCACAUCCACCCAAGGUUGUCAGCUCUGGAUUGUUGGGGCUAGGCCCCAAGAGGGUAUACUGAGGGGUCUGUAGGUUUGUGAUUAAAAUAAUAAAUGCUAGGCGUGUUUGAUGCGCUUUUAACUUUGGCAAAGAGUCUCCUGUCCUUGCUUUUGACUGCAGUGAGCACCUUACCCCAUGCAGGCCAGGAGGGGUAAGGUUCUUGGAGGAAGCAGACUUAAGAGACCUAGAGGAAAGCAACUUGCAAACAAAAGUAAUAGGUAAUUUUGACUACCUAUCAGGCACUGUUCUGGCACAGUGAUUAAGAGCUUGGCUGCUAACCAAAGAGUUGCCACUUCGAA